AUUGUCAUGUGAUAGCAAAGAGGUGGCACAUUAAUGGAGCGCCUCUACAGGGGUUCUUUUCUGCUCAUGUCACUACAUAAAACUAUCAGAUGGUUAGAGGAAGGCCAUGGAGGCGCACGACAGCUAGUCUCUUCGAAGGGAAACCCCCAAAUAAAGUCCGUUUCGCAACCUUGACGGGACAGACUGAUACGCUUUUUCCGGAAAAGACCCUCCGUAAAUGCGCACCGUCCUUCUCCAGUGCGGAGGCGCUCAGAGACUGGCUUCUUUACGCGCACCGCAACUCCAGCUUUGCCAAGACCGAAACUUUCCUCGGCCGUCGUUUGCGUGACAAGAAUCGAGUUUUCAUCGAGGAAGCGAGGGAAGCUAAACUUUCUAUUUUAACAUUUCCAUUGUGCUAAUUUAUUUUGUUUUUACGAAACAUCGAGGAUGCCUCGUCCGGGGAGAAACACGUACAGCGACCAGAAGCCACCUUACUCCUACAUCUCUCUUACCGCCAUGGCAAUCCAGAGCUGUCCGGAGAAGAUGCUGCCCCUCAGUGAAAUUUACAAGUUCAUCAUGGAUAGGUUCCCUUAUUACAGAGAAAACACGCAGCGGUGGCAGAACUCUCUCCGACACAAUCUGUCAUUUAACGACUGUUUCAUCAAAAUCCCCCGGCGCCCUGACCAGCCGGGUAAGGGAAGCUUUUGGGCUCUGCACCCCAACUGCGGGGACAUGUUCGAGAAUGGAAGUUUUCUGAGGCGCCGCAAGAGAUUCAAGGUGCUGGGAGCGUCAGACCACCUGGGCCCCACCAAGCAGUCAGAUGCUGCGCAUUACCUCCAGCAGCAAGCCAAGUUGAGACUGAGCGCCCUGGCGGCCACAGGCACGCACCUUCCCCAGAUGUCAUCGUACAACCUCGGAGUAUCCCAGUCAUCCACCUUCAAGCACCCGUUCGCCAUAGAGAACAUCAUCGCCCGGGAGUACAAGGUCCCCGGCAGCUUGGCGUUCUCCACCAUGCAGUCCAUGUCCGCCGGGUACCCGUUGCACAACCAACUCACGACGGCCUGGCCCCAUAUGUACAACAGCAGCGUGAUCGACACGGCGGCCCCGAUCUCCAUGGCGAGCAGCGACUACAGCGCGUACGGGGUGCCCUUAAAGUCGCUGUGUCACGGGGGACAGUCCUUACCGGCCAUCCCCGUGCCGAUCAAGCCCACCCCGACCUCCAUGACGGGCUUUUCCGCGCUUCCGCCCCACAUCCCCGCGUUCCUAUCAAACUCUCCACAGUCUCUGAGCCCGACCUCCCCACAGACAGCGACGAGCCAAAGCAGCCCGGCGACCCCGAGCGAGACUCUGACAAGCCCCUCCACGCUGCAGUCCGUGGCCGUGCACUGAUCGCCCGAACUUUUUCAGGCCCCACUUCCCUUAUUACCAAAACCCAAAGUUUAUAUUUUCUGCAGUCGGACACUAUCAAGGCGAGUUGAGGUUGCAUAUCGACUUAUUUGUGUAUAUGUGUUGAAUGUGUCGCUUUAAAUCGUGUCUAGUCUAGCACAGAACUGCACACGAACUAUUGCUCUUGAACAUAUAAAUUAUUUGAUAGUUCUAUUUUUCAGUUUGUUGUGAUAUGUAAGUGUUGAUGAUGGGGGCCACAGCAGAGGUGAACAGGGGCCAGGGUGCUUUUGUUUUUGACAAGAACUCUGAUUUGAACUUUUGCACCGUUUCCGUGGGACCACCAUAAUGUCAAUAAUAUUGCAAAGAAAAAACUCCUUUUUGUUUGCUUUUAACGCUGGAAUGAUGGUUAAAGGUAAUACCAAAUAGGAGUAGUAUUUAGAUCUGUUCAUACACCAUCCCUUAAAAAAAGAUAAGACAGAAAGGUAAAAAUGAGUUACGAAAUGUUUCCAAAAAACUGAAAGGUAUAGAUAUUGUCGUCCUCAAAAAUGCAAGAUGUGAACAUUUGUUGUAAAAUGCACUUUUUUUUAGUUUUACGUUUUAAAUAUCUAUUUUACAGGAGGAAAAACAUGUUCUGUGAAGCAUUUAAUUUAAGAGCCGUGGUGACCAUGUUUAUCAGAUGCUGUAAAAUUUGUAAUUUUUUUAAGGUGAAGCAUGCGUUCCUGAAUUUGUACUGUUCCUGUUGGUGUUGUUAUUGUUGUUGUUUUUUUGUUGUUGUUUUUUUUUUGUCUUUUUGUUUCACUCAAAUUCUAGUUAUUUUCCCAGAUUUAAUUUUUUUUUUUUUUAAUUAUUAUUUUAUUUUGCAAGCAUGCGUGCUUUGGAAAAGUGAGCAAACAGUCUCCGAUUAAUGGGGGGGGGAAAUGGCCAUCAAAUUAUUUUCUCAUUAAAAAUGAAGUAAACAAUCACAAAUGUUUCUGAAGGUUUAAUCCAAAAAUGCUAGAAAUAAUAAUAAUAAUAAUAAUAAUAAUAAUUAUUAUUAUUAUUAUUAUUAUUAUUAUUAAAUAAUAAUAAUAAUAAUAAUAAUGCUAUUUGUGGAAAGCAGGAAAGCCUUUAGUUCGGUGAAACUUGUGCAGUCGAUUAGGAUGCAGGGAGCUGAAACGCUCUGCUCACGGCGCAGACAACCAGCCUCAUUCAUCAAGCCGAGCCAAACGCUGUUGGGUCUCACAAUAAACAUUUAAAAGACUUGCACGCAGCAUGCAAAUAAACAUUUUUUCUUUUGUAACUAAUAUUACCGAAGACGACUUAAUAUUUAAAUGAAUGAAUCUCCCCUCUUUGAACUUUAAAUUUUGCAUUGCUUUUUUUUUUUUUUUUUUUUUUUCUUACUUCGGGUAUUUAAUUCAACAGGUUAACAAAUAUGAAGACAAAAAUAUCAGCAACACCUUAACUGAUAUUAUUUCAGUUUUAAGAGAUUUAAAAUCGAUUUCUAUAUUUACUGAAAAAAGGGGAGGGGGUAUAAAUAAGCAACAGGCUCUUUCGGAGCAUUAAACAAAUACAUUAGAAUUCCGUCACUUUAUGCUAUCCAGAUCAAAUAAAGGGUCUCGGGCCACUUCAUUCGCCCUCAUUCACUUGUAUUGAAAGUGCAAAGAAUUGUAAACUUCGACUGGGCCACCAAUGUAGAUUUAGCCUUUUUUUCAGCAAGACAAAAAGACUGAUUUUUUUUCUUCUUCCACAAAAACAUUUCUGACUGGGGAACUAGGAAACGAGCUGCCGAGACCCUUUUGGAAUUUAAAUCCACCCCUCCCCCCGUGGACUGUUUGUACAACAGUGUUCUUCUUUUUUUUUUUUUUUACCCCCUUCUUUACUUUGUGCAUUUGUGUUUGUACCAUUAAUUCUGACUCUGGAUAAAUAAAUGCCCUCAUGAUCCUAUUUUUUUUUAUUUUUUAUUUUUUUUUUUUUACAGCGUAGAAGUAAAUCAUUAUGGAAAUCUUUUCAGAUCGUCGUUAGAAUAGCAACACAAAAUAUAUUUUAAAGUGCAUUAUUAAUUGGCCAGACGAAAAAGAAUAAUUACUAAAAAAAAUUGUCAGAAAAACAUAAAAAAACUCUAAUUAUUAUUUUUCAUUUAAUUUAGUGUAAUAUAUAUUUUUUAUUUUAUGUUCUUCUUUAGUGAAUUUAUUUUUUUGUUUUUCUUUUAGGGAAAGAAUGGUCUGUUGUGCAAUAAUAAACAAACAUGUAAAUAAUAGCAGGUUUAUUGUAAACUCAUUCUUUAAUAUCAACUGUAAAAAAAAUAACUCGCAGGUUUCAUCUAAUUAAAAAAAAUUACAUUAAUUCAAAAUUUGCAUAUUUCAUCUUAAAACAGGUUUUGGUUUAUGCUUUAGGGAAAUAAACAACCCGAGGAAAUAAACAGAGUGCUUGUUUGUGCUUGUUUCAAUGUUAUUACCAAUAAAAGAACAAACACAGAUUAAACCGAAUAAAAUUAUGCUAAAAGUGUAAAACCAAUCAAAUUACAAUACACAAAUAAGUAAAUAAAUGAUGAAUGUUAUUGAAAUAAAUAAUACAAUAAUAAAAAAAAUGCUUAAAAAUGCAAAUCCAAAAUUUGUCCACAAUCUGUAAUUUAUUUCUUUUUUUUCCUCUCUUCCCUUGCUUUUUUUCUUUUACCAUUUCACUCACUUCAGUCAUCGGUAUGAACGUAGCUGUACAAUCUAAGACUGCACUGCCCUUGUUCUUUCCACUGUGUUCCACUUAGACAAAGAAGAAGGUCAUCUCAGGCAGGGGAUGAAAUAUAGACCACAUGCACAAAAAAAAUGAAAGCCUAUGUUGUAGUUUAAUUAAAAUAAUUCAUUAAAUGUGGGCCCAAGGUAAUUAGUAUAUAUAAUUUAUGAUUUGCCUAAUGCAUGCAGGCACUGGCCUCUGCAAUAAACUCAACUUAACCCCGAGUGAGGAACUGAUGCGGACAUGGUUCUAUUAUUUACAGUGUGUUUACCGUUUGUCACGAGUAAGCAAGUGUCUCAGCAAACCCUGCCGCUACCUGGCUCCACUCUGUACACAAACAACUUCCACUCUAUGUGUUUAUCUCCAGGAUUUAUGUUCAGUCGCAGGAGAGCCUGUCACAUUUGUUGAGAGGUAAACAAUAUUGCCAAUUGCCCCCUCUUUUCUUUUGGCAUUUAUGUCCACGUCCGCCGCAUCCGGCUGGUCACUUUCACCAAAGAUAGUUUCCUCGGCCUUCUUUGAGAUGACAGAAUGAGGACAAACACCACAAAGUGUAGCUCAUCCUUUCGCUUUCUUUCCCACAGCAGCUUGUCAGCGCCAACUUCUAGAGGAAAAAUAAUCAGGAAUAGACAAAACUUGCAUUAAUCAUACUCUGCAAAUGUGCCAAUCCCAGACAAGCCCUUGACAUUUUGAAGCAUGGCUUGUGGCUUUAUUUUAUCACAUCAUGUGAGCGCUUUUCCUCGGCAAAAACAACACAGUAAAGCAAAUAUUUUCAGACGGAGCAGCGGACGAUGGUAAACAGAUUUAUUUAAGUGGUAAACAGAGCAACCUGUGGGCUUCAUUGAUUAGUGGGAAGGAGACUAUUUUCCCUGUAAGCCACUAAGUCCAUAUUCAGCUAAUCUCAAAUAGAUUAUAAGACUGGCUAUGACUUUUUGCAGUGAGAAUAAUAUUUCAGCUUUCUCUUCAGAUGUCACAGCGCACAUCAUCAUUAUGGCACUAAAAGCUUAAAUCAUCAGUGAUAAUGUGUAGGCUGCCCAGGGUAAAUAAGCCGCCUGGCUGUGACUGAGGGCAAAGGGCAGGUAUGUUGCGGCCAGCCAGAGGGAAAGAGACAUGGAGGGAGGGAGGGUGCUGCUGCAUCUACGACCGGCUCAGCCAAACACCCAUGUGUGCAUGAAAUUAGAGUGUCAACAUCUGAUUCAUGCUUCUGGGUGGUGACUGUGAAACAAAUUAUGUCAGCGGGUGGCAGCGGUGAAAUUCCACUGAGCUGCGGCAAACAGUGUCCCCCCCGCGACGUUACAGCAGGCCGUAGAUCGUGGUUUUUUAUAAAGUGGAGAGAAACUUUUUAGCGCUGUGAAUUUGAACAUAUUUUAACCUACAUUUCCAUUCAUUUGCAAAAGAACAAAAAAUUGGAGAGAAUAUAUUUUCCACUCUGUCCCUGUGCGGGCAGACGGUGGUGGCACUAAAAGAUGUUGGUGUCACAAGAAAAAUUUAGUAGCUCUGGGAGAAUGUGGCAGCAAAUGUAAGAGUGUGUGGAGGAGACACAUUUUUAACAUAACUGUUUGUAGAUUCAAAGUUUUCAAGAGUGUGAACAUUAGCUGUUUUCUGUUUGUUUAAAUAUCAAGUGUCUGAGAAGGCAAUAAAUGUUAUAUGGGAUGUACUUGGAAUCUGUUGUUUCUAUCUCUGUAAAUAAAGUUAAAGGUACUAAUAAUAAUAAUAAAAAAAAACUAUGUGAUUUUC